AUGGGAGAGAUGCCGCCAUCACGAAGGACUGUGCGGAUUGGUGUUGAUGUGGGAGGCACAAAUACAGAUGCCGUCGCGAUUGACUUGAGUCUCCAACAGACCGCGGACCGUGGUGUCCUGGCGCACUUCAAAACUCCAACAACCCCCGAUGCAAGCGCAGGCAUCGAGACCGCCGUGAGCACCGUCCUCGCCGCCGCCGGCCUGGCCGACUCGCCAGAGCGCAUUGCGAGUGUCACCAUAGGGACAACACACUUCAUAAACGCCGUCAUCGAACGUGAUGUGCGUCGCCUGCAGCGCGUUGGCGUCCUCCGGCUCAGUAAAUCCUUCCUCCGCGAGGUCCCCGCGUUCGCCGAAUUCCCGCCAGACCUGGCAGCCGUGAUCCAGUCUUACAUGGGCAUCGUCGACGGCGGAUUGCACAUUGACGGGUCGCAAGAGGCGCCGGUGGUUGAGUCCCAGGUCGUUGCCGAAUGCGCAAAGAUUCGCGCGAGCGGCGUCGGCGCCGUCGUCGUGUCUGGCGUGUACUCGCCUAUUGAUGAGGUCUUUGGGCAGGAGGAAAAGGUGCGCGACAUCAUCCUCCGCGAAGUGCCGGGCGUAGAUGUCGUGUGCAGCAAAGAAGCCAGCGCAAGCAUUGGCUUCAUUGAGCGAGAGAACGCGGCCAUCCUGAAUGGUGCUAUCCUGCGCUAUGCGAGGAAGACUGUGAGUCGUUUUCGACUCGCGAUGAAGAGGCUGAAUCUCUCUUGCCCGCUCUUCUUGACGCAGAACGAUGGCACCAUUCUGGACGCAGCAUCUGCGGCAAAGAUACCGAUCCGAACGUUCUCUAGCGGUCCCACGAAUUCCAUGCGCGGCGCCGCCUACCUCGCGGGUCUCGACGCCGGUGGCGACAGCUCCGCUAUCGUGGUCGAUAUCGGCGGGACUACAUCUGAUGUUGGCGUGCUGCUUCCAUCGGGUAUGCCGCGACAGGCAUCGGCCUACGUGACUGUCGCCGGCGUCAGAGUCAACUACUCGAUGCCCCAUCUUCACUCCGUCGGCCUCGGCGGAGGCUCCAUUGUCAGGAACGUGGACGGCAAAGUCAAAGUCGGCCCCGAGUCUGUCGGACUCGAGCUGACUUCCCGCGCGCUCGUAUUUGGCGGAGACGUCUGCACGACAACAGACAUCGCAGUCGCAGCUGGCAAGGCAGUCGUGGGCGCGACUGAGCACGCCAAGGGCUUGGACCCUAGAUUCGUUGAAGAGGCGAUCCUCCGCAUCAAAGCGCUACUGGAGGGUGCCGUCGACGUUAUCAAGACUUCACCGGACCCUGUCCCGGUACUGCUCGUCGGCGGAGGCGCUAUUCUGUCACCGGAAAGCCUAAAAGGCGCCUCCAAGCUCGUCCGUCCGCCCUUUCACGACGUCGCAAAUGCAGUCGGAGCUGCCAUUGCACGUGUCUGCGGUGCCGUUGAUAUCGUACAGGGUACCACUCACCAGACGGAAGGUCAAGCCAUCGAGAGCGCGAAGAAGAUGGCUGUCGAACGCGCCAUUGCUGCUGGUGCGAUUCCGGAAAGCAUCAAAAUUGCCGAAAUCGAAACGAUGCCGCUGCAAUACGUUGCCAACCAGAUCCGAACACUUGUCAAAGCAGUUGGCGACAUUGACCUCCAUGCCAAACUGGAAGAGGUAGCCGAGGAAGACGAAGAAGAUGACGGCGAGGAGCAGGCUGAGGCAAGCAAAGACCUGACCCGGGCGACUGUUGAAGAAGAAAAAAUUGAUCCAGCCAAGUAUAAGCCAAACGUCGUACGGAAUGCAAGCGGGGUUUCGGAAUGGCACAUUACCGAAACUGACUUGGAGUACCUUGCUGAUGGCUGUUACGUGCUCGGUUGCGCAGGCGGCGGGAGCCCGGCGGCCUCCAAGAUCCAGCUGCGCAACAUGCUCAGAGCCGGACACACGAUGCGUGUCAUCGAGCCUUCUUCGCUCAAGGAUGCAGAUGUUAUCUACUGGGGUGGUCACAUGGGCUCGCCGGCUGUCUCCAUCGAACGGCUACAGUCCAUCGAGACGGUAGAUGCGUUCAGGGGUCUGAUGGAAUACCUUCGCCACGACAAGUUCGACGCCGUCAUGGGUCUCGAGAUUGGUGGUGCCAAUGGUCUGGAGCCAUUUCUCGUUGGCUCGUCCCGAUUUUACGACAGUCCAAUCAUUGAUGGAGACUGGAUGGGUAGAGCAUAUCCGACAUAUUGGCAGACUACAUUGGCUGUACAUGCUCCGUUAGAGCUGGUUCCAUGUGCCAUUGACUCCGGAGAUGGCAAGACAAUCGUCAUGACCAGAGCCCCCAACGACGAAAUUGUCGACCGCGCUCUGCGAGCCUCAUGCUCUGAGAUGGGUUCCCGGGUAGGCAUGGCAGCCAAGCCGACAACAAGCGAUAGGGUCAAGAAGUUUGGCGUUCUGAACACGGUUUCUCUUGCAUGGCGGAUCGGACGCUGCAUCGCGCUCUGUCAAGCAACAAACACCAUGAGCACGGUCGCCGAGUCCAUCAUCAAGGAAGCCGGUGGUCUCGAGGCUGCCAAGGUAUUGUUCAGGGGUAAGAUUAUGAAGGUCGAGAGGCGCCUUUUCAAAGGCCAUUCCUACGGCGAAGUACAUAUUGCCGCCUUUGAGAGCGGUGAUGAAGACGAAGCCGCAAACAACAAGGAGAGAAUCACUGCCGUGGCGCAGGGAGGGACGAUGAAGAUCCCCUUCAAGAAUGAGAAUAUCCUGGCAGAGCACAUUGAUGAGAACGGCAAGACAAGCAUAGUGGCGGCUGUGCCUGACUUAAUCUCAAUCCUGGACAAUGAGUCGGGCAGAGCUCUUGGGGUGCCUGAGUUCAAAUACGGCUACCGAGUCACAGUCAUUGGUAUCACUUGCUCACCGCGAUGGACCGAGACAUCAGCUGGGAUAGAUAUUGGCGGGCCGAGAGCGUUUGGAUACGAACUUGACUACAAGCCACUAGGGAAGUAUGUCGAGCCCCGGAGUGUUCUGCAAGAGUAUUCAAAUUAG